AGAUAGCUAACGCCUAGCUAACAUCAGAGCGGCUCGGCUAGCGGUGUGAACAAGCGGCAGCAUCACGUCCGAAGAACAUAUUUCAAACCAACCUGUUGACUCUAAAUCGUUUACUACAGACCCACAGCGACCCCCCACGACCCUCCGCCCUGGCCGCAGACGCCUGGUUUGUCACCUCACUGCCUCGUCGGCCUUCCCUCUGAUGAGCGAGCCCCUGACGUCAGGUGGAAGAUGGAUGUUUCCUCCACUGUGUAGCUGCAGCCUGUGAAUCAGGGGGUGGAUCCAUCGCUGCCACAUGACCAGCACAACCCCUCUGCUCAACAUGAAACCCGUCAGCUAUCAGAGCUUGCCGUCAUCCGUGAGCACCGGACACCAGGACCUGGCCCUGGACCGUGUGCUGAGCGCCCCCAAGGUGAUGUACUGUGAGAAGUGUGGGUUCGCCUCCAUGGACGUGGCCGUGUUCAAGAAGCACAUGAUCGAGCACAUGGGCGCGAGGUUUUACUGCUUCUACUGCAACAACGUCUCGUUCAGCGAGGCCGAGUUAAAAGUGCACUUGAAGCAGCACACGUCCAAGUAUCCGUUCACGUGUCCCCACUGUGGACAGGGCUACAUGCGGAGGCUGUGUCUUGUGAAGCACAUUGACCGUCUUCAUAGUAAAAGCAUCAACCAAGGACCAGCAAAGCCCGGCAUGACUUUAAUUUCUCCCGUGCCUGUGUCCAGUGCCUUAUCGAGCGUGUCUUCUGCUGAUCCAACACCACCCUGGCCAACUGUUCGGGUGACCGUACCUGGCCUGAGUUCACCUGCAAUCAGUCUGGAUAAAGACGAACAGAGAGGGAAAACACUGGACACUAUUAUCUCGAAUGCUUCUAAUGGAAACACAGAACUCUUUUCUCCUUUCAAUGGACUCCUACAGCACAACAGGGCUCUAACCGUUUCUCUCCCGGAGGAAAUAACGAUCCCUGCCGGCUGCUUGGUCGAACUUGUUGAGGUGAAAACUGUAAAUGGGACAAAAGAGCUAAAACUGAGGCUCGUCUCUCAACAAGAAAACAAGUCUGUGAUCAAAGAUGCUAGGACAACAGUCUGUCAGGGCACCACACAGGGAAAGCCUUUAACAUCCACAUUAAACCAUCAGUCUUCUAUCAUGAAGUCUGCAAGCAUGGGGAUGUGCACAGUAAACAGGAAGCAGUGUGAAACAAAGACGGUGAAUGUGGAGCGUCCUGCUGCUGUCCCAGUCAGUAUUUCCAAUAACCUCCCGAAUCAAGCGAGCAAAGAAAAGAUUGGAUUCAAAAGAAAGUCGCAAGAAAUAAUCAACCGGGAGUGGAAAACAUUCAUUCCAGAUAAGAUUCCCAAAACUAUCCCCAGUCCUAUUAGAGAAGGGAAUAGUGGGAUUAGGGUUGCACAAAGAGAACCUCUAAAUCUCAAUGCAGCCGCUCCCACUGUUAUCUCCCCCAGGGGUGCCAACAGGUUGACUAGCACCCUGCAUCCGGACUCCAAGGGGACAAGGGUUUCCCAGAGAGCGGUGGAGGAGAGGAUGAAUUUAAUUCCAGAGCCUUCCAAGAGCAUCCCAGCCCAGAGAACAAGCGACACAAAAAGCCUUCCUCAAGAGGGGUCGGUGGCUGUGAAGCUGGAACCCGGAGAGACCUGCCUCAGGAACAACACUGUCUCGAAAAUAAAGACAGAGGCAGUGGGCUUGAACCAGCAACGUGUGACAUCCAUGGGCGUUCCCUUUCCGGCAGCCUCCAAAGUGAGACCUCCAGCAAUUUUAUCGUGUAAGGAUAACGUCGUUCCGAAUCAGUCUUUUCCAGCGCACAGGACUCUAAAUGAGCGCUCAUCAGUCAAAACCUCUGUGCUUUCAAAUAAUACAAAGUCUAAGAACUCAGCUUGGACCCAGGAAGUGAGAUCCAGUGAGAGAGCAGGAGAAAGAGACGAUCCAGAUCCCGAGAGCUUUCCAAUAAUUUCCUCUGUGUUUUCGUUAAGUCAACAACCAGGAGAGGUGCAGGGCUCCGUCCAGCCACUGGUGAUGGCUCUGCGCGGCAUCGUGAUGGAUAAAAGCAACAGCUCUGGCAGUUCACAUCCUCAAGGUCACAUCAAGAUAAUAAAAGGGACCGAGCAGGUGAGAAAAUUGCCGACAUCGGGGUUCCGUGCUCAAGUGGCUGCAGAGGAUGGACCCAUCAUCCUUGACCCUUUACCUACGGAGCGGUGCAUUGACUCUGUGAAAGUAGAAGAGCAGAAGGACAUCCAGCAUCACCCUGCACUGACCAACCUCCACGUUGAAGUAAAGGAAGAAAAGAAUAUCACCACUCCAACAGACACUCUUGCAUCAAAAUCCCCAACGGAUCAGGGAUCUGUUUCUGAAAUUGCAGCAUACGUAGACGCAUCCGUGGGUACAGAGACUCUGCAGUUUGUGGAAAAGACCGAGUACGACAUCUCGAAGUUCCUCACUGUCUCUCUGAAGAGGGUACAAGUAGGCGUGUGGAAGAAAAACAGGAAAGGACUGAAACUAAGAAUUUCCAAAUAUAAGACUAAUUUACCUGUGGUCAGUGUUGCUGAUUGUGCAGUUAUUAACCCGAUGCCGCUGAAGGAGGACCAGCUGGUGAAGAGACCGGGCCCCAACCAGCCCGUGGUGGUUCUCAACCACCCGCAGCCCCGGGCCCCUGUACAGGGAGCGAGGCCGGACACUAUCGCCGACACAGGAGCCUCCGAGGGGGUCCCGAAAUGCCAAAUCUUAAAAAUGCGGCUGAGCAAAGUGAUGGGGCAGAAAUAUGAGGUGAUGGGAUGCACUGUCCGAGUCUUUCCAUGAAGGUAGAGGACAAAGUAUCACUGGAAAGAAUUGUACAUUUAUAAAGAAAGGAAAAGUAUUACGAUGGGAAAAUACUGAUUCAUGAUGUUAUAUGUUUGUCUGUAUAGGCAUGGGAUGUGGAUUGUUGAAGUGCAAUGCAGUUAUUUCUGCUUUGGGGGAUGUUGUUAAAUGGACCAUCUGCUGUAGUAGAUUCUGUCAGUAAUACACAGAUGUUAGGAGCUGUCUCAGAAGUUUGACAAACCAGUAGAUCUGCCGGAGUCGAGGCAUAAACGCAUGCUGUUUAUUUAAGAUGUCUUAAUUUAUUUUUGCAUAGGUUAUAUGUCAUGGUUCUUGCGGCCCCUACAAGAAGCGAGUGGUACACGCUUCACACCUAAGACAAGUCUUUCAGAACAUCGUGCCAUCGUGCCACAUACAGUAUAACCAAAGCCACGAGGAGGACAUUUGUAAUGAUGAAAAAAAAAAAUUCCGUGGGUGGCAAUAAGUAAUGAUCAAUUGUUUGUAAAAAAAAAUUUAGGGAAAGAUGGCACAUGCAGCUUACAAAAUUCGGCUGGGAUUGGAGGUUUUAUUCAAGUAUAAAACCUCUUUUCACAUUAAGAGAGCUGUACAAAAGGAAAACAGAAUCCCUAAAGAGUCGUCACAUAUCAGCACUACAUAGACGAACAGAGCCCUGCACAAGCCUGUAAAAUGCCCCGUUUCUGCAAAUGCGUCAGUAGCUUCCAACAAUUCCCAAAUUUUUGUAACUCCUUCAGCACCUGGGUGACGACAUUUCAUUUAAAGUUGCCUGAGAAAGUUGGUUUUCCUUAUGUGUUUUUUAUGUGCAGCUCUCUGCAUAUUUGUUUAAAUGCUGGGCUGGUUUCUCGUUCGAUGGUGUGUUCAGGAACUCUUUGGCAACUGUAACAUGAGCAUUUCAUAUGUCUUAUACGUCCGUCAAGUCCAUUUCAUGCACAGUGCCCCGUUUUCCAACCAGAGCUUUGAUGGUCAUUCAUAAACAAACUUUCUGAAUGUUUUUGACUUUCCCAUGUUGCCAGGAGUCCCUGAAUGCAACUGAACCGUUAGUUUAUUUGCGGUCGGAGCAUAAAAGUCCCUCAUACACAUGAAGUAGAAAGAUUAGCUUCUUAAAUGCUUCUUUCCGUUUAAACCAUAACUUCAAGCUGGGAUUGGUCAUCCUGUAAAAGCGAGCAAGAGCAGGCUACCCUCUGAAAAAAGUCUACCUAUACCCAUCUUCUUCCCAUCAGCCCUCGCCUCAAGGCUACGAUACCAGAACAUACGAACACUGGCCGUAGUCUCUGCUUCAGCUAUGUACUUUUGCCCGGCUGAAGACUCCAGUCACGUGUGAGCACAGUUUUGCCAAGGCCGCAGACACUAGCUUUCUUUUCUUGUCUUUUUUCCCUCGACUUUAUGUAUUGAUAGCUAUCAGGAACAAUACGACAGAGUGUUUCAGAAACAACUUACUAACCCCACCUUUCAAAGGGUAAAAGUCUUAAAGAGUCACUGUAAAUGUUUAUUUUAUUGUUCCGUCUCAUUUUAUCCUGCACUUACUGAUACUUAUAUACUUUUUUUUAAUCGUUUGCUGUGUGUGUGUUUUGAUGGAUCAGAAAAUGUAAUUAUGAUAGAUUUGAUAAUUUGAGCAAAAUCCUGAGAAACAAGUGUUAAUUCCAUAAAACCCUCUUGGUUCAUCGUUUCUCCCUCUGCAGUACAAUUUGCUUUGUAGCCGGCAGUCAGAAACAGAGGAGCCUGAAUCAAUGAUUUAAAGGUUGAGCACGUAGAAUUUAUUGCCAUCUAGGGUUGAAGCUGUGUGUUCCAGCUGAACACCCCUCACCUCACCCUCUUCUUCAAAACAUGAAGGAGAACCUGUGAAAACCUUCAGUUUAUCAAGUCUGGGAUACUGUAAAAAACAUGGCGGCUUCCGUAGAGAGGACCCGCGCUGAUGUAAAUAUAAAGUCUUUAAAUGUAAAGGGCUCAUUCUAGGGUCAAGAAAACUACAUUCUAGUGAAAACAUUACUAGGAUUAUUCUAUAAUCAAUUUCUGCCAAAAGAUACCUUUCACCUCUUACACACUGAACCUUUAUAGUGGGGGGGGCACUAAACUGCCUUAUGACUUAAGGUUUAAUUCUACUGCCAUGUAGAUGCUCAGUGACUGUGGUGAUUCUUGGGCGAUCAGAAACUUUUAAAAACUCAUUGCACAAAAACAUGAAGAAGGCUGCUGGCGAUGUUCUGUCCUGAUACUUUGCGGAUCUGCUUCCUUCUUCACGACAGCAUCACUACACCCGUGUGUUCCUGUUCAUACUGUAGUCAUGAUGAUGUAUGAGGGGCUAGACCUAUGAUUGUGUCAAUAGGUUUUGGUUGCCCACAGAUUUUAUUGUGUAUAUACUUAAUAAUAAAAACAGCGAUGACAUGUUAAUUGCUCAGUAAGGAGCGACUAACGUUCCACUGCUUCUUUUGCAACAGCAGUGAUGCUGUGAUCUACUUGUGUCACAUGUCAGCAUGUGAAGCUGCCUCUGUCUCUGUUAUUAUAUAUAAUAAUUUUGUUUCUUUUCUUUGCUUGGCCUUUUAUCCCGUCCUCAUUUCUGUGGACAUUUCCUCAUGUUCCAGUUAAAGCAAUUUUCGGUUUUACUACAUUCACAGUGUUUAUCAUCAUUGUGUUCUCGUGUUUUUAUAUAUAUAUAAAAAAAACAAUUGUGUAACUCCUGCUUUUUCUAUUAAAUCUAAGUAAAUAUGAUUUCAACUUUGAA